AACUCUUAAUCUGACCUCUUCACAUAGCUACCACAAAUUCUAUACACCACCUAUCCAAAACCACCACCACCACCAUGCCCGACACACUCACCAAGUCCGAAAUCAACUCGCAAACCGACCCCUCGGUCGCGAAGCAAUACGACAACUCUGCGCCCAAAGACGAGCAAAUCAAAGACUACUACAGCAUCGUGGACGGGCUGAAAGUCGGGCUGCUAGGCACGUACCGGGACGGCGUAGGCGCGGUAUCACGGAGCAUGGGAGUAGCGAAGCGACAAGGCCCGGACUUCCUCUUCUUGGCGAACGCGCACUCGCGCAAGUUCGAGGACCUGCAACAGCGCCGCGAGGUGCAGGUGACGUUCCAGAACAAUUCGACGCAGGACUGGGUCAGCGUGAGCGGGACGGCGACGACGGUCGACAACUCGGACUCCCGCAUCAAGGACAUCUGGAACCAGGGCGUGCGAGCGUGGUUUGGCGACUUGGGCGACGGCGUGCAUACUGGUGGCCCGGAGGACCCGCGUAUGACGCUCAUUGAGGUCAGGGCUAAGUAUGUCACGUAUUACAAGACGCAGGUGGGCACGUUGGGCAUGAUUAAGGAGGUUGCGGGCGCGGCGUUGACGGGCAAGGUCGCGAAUACGGGCGUGUUGAGGGAGUUGGGCGAGGCCGAGUUGGAGACGGCGAGGGGGUUGGAGGAGUGACGGUUGUGAAGCGGUUACGCGGAGGGCUGCGGCUGGGGAUUGUACUAUAAUAUGACAAGCUCGAG